AUGGAGUACGCGAACUUGGGUCAUUCGGGUUUGAAAGUAUCUCGCAUCAUCCUUGGAUGCAUGACCUUUGGGUCGAAGAACUGGAGCGAGUGGCUUCUUGAUGAAGAAGAGUCUCUAGAGAUUAUUCGCCACGCCUAUGAGAAAGGUAUCAAUACGUGGGACACGGCCGAUGUGUACAGCAAUGGCAAGUCUGAGGUCAUCGUGGGAAAGGCGCUGACCAAAUUCCAAAUUCCUCGCAACCGUGUGGUGAUCAUGUCCAAGUGCCACUUUGGUGUGAGUGACGAUAUGGAGCAAGGUCCUGCCUUCCUUAGCCCGAACGACGGCGAGUUUGUCAACCGAGUGGGUCUCUCGCGCAAGCACAUCUUCGAUGCCGUGGAGGCGAGUGUGAAGCGCCUGGGUACCUAUAUUGACGUUCUCCAAAUUCAUCGUCUGGACCGCGAAACGCCUAAGGAGGAGAUCAUGAGGGCGCUGAAUGACGUCAUUGAGAAGGGCUGGGUCCGCUACAUUGGCGCCAGCUCCAUGGCUGCAUGGGAGUUCCAGCAGCUUCAGAACAUUGCGGACAAGCAUGGCUGGCACAAGUUCAUUUCCAUGCAGAACUUUUACAACCUCUUGUACCGUGAAGAGGAGCGGGAAAUGAUUCCUUAUUGCAAGGCUACCGGUGUAGGCCUUGUCCCCUGGUCGCCGAUUGCGCGGGGUGUGCUUGCGCGCCCGUGGUCCGAUCGCUCCUCUAAGCGCGAGAGCUCAGACGGCAUGCUUCAACGUCUCCUUCGUAACUCGGCCAAGGAGGCGGACCAGACGAUUACGGACCGUGUCGAAGAGCUCGCGAAGAAGAAGGGUGUGUCUAUGCCCCAGAUAGCCACGGCAUGGACGCUUGCCAAGGGAACGUAUCCCAUUCUUGGCAUCAACAAGCUGGAACGCGUCGACGAGGCCGUGGGCGCCCUUCAGGUAAAGUUGAGUCCCGACGAAAUGGCCUUUCUAGAAGAGCCCUACGUGCCGAAACCAGUGGCGGGCUAUUGA